CAAGACUCGGAGCGACCAUCUUCCGCACACCCAUUGUCUUUCUUUCUUUCUUUCCGUCUUCCAAAUCAUCUCCAGGUUUCUCGCCACUGCCAUCGCUGGCGCUUCCAUCAUCUCUCUCGUUUAUUCAUCAACAGACGGAAGAGAAGGGUCAGGAAACCCCGAAUUGAUUAGGCUUCUGUCAAAUCCACGCCAUCACAGUGUGAUUGUCCACUCAUUUCACUCACUCCAAGUACAAGUACAAGAACUUGCACACCCUCUUUUUUCGCCUCCUUCUUCUCACAUCCACCAUCUUCGUAUGGUACCAGUAUUUACCGUAUAUUACCUGUACCGACUCCCCUCGUCCUUUCCAAGACCACCAAGUGGGCAUCGCUGGCCUCGCCCUUCUGGGUCCUCUUGCUCUUUUCCGCUUUUCCUCUCGUCCUCUCGUCCCCCUCGCAGCCUCUCCCGCUCGCCAGGGGCUUCCUUCGCAUCGCGCUAGACCGGCGCAUCAACCCUUGAUCCCUGCCACACGAGCCAUCAGAAGUUGGGUUCACGGCACGCCCAGGAAAGAGCAUGGACCAGCCUUAGUGUGAAAAGCCAUCAAGCCAUCAAGCCCAUCCGCGCUUCCACCGCAUCCUUCUUUGUCACUUCGACCCCUUCGAUACCAUCGAAGCUAAAAGGGCACCCACUCACACUUGGGCCAUCGUCUUCCUCUCCCAAAAAAUCCAUUUUAACGUUAAUUGCCCCCCCUGAUUUCCCUGCGCUGCUAUCAAUUUCCCUUUCAACAACGAUCUUUUCAAUCCCUCUGCUACGCGGCUUAUUGGCCACUUUUGAGCUUUUUGGCUCCAGUUGGUCCCAUUCCCUUCUACCAGCUUCGACACUAGUCCAGCACCGAACCGGCAAAGGCACAGCCGCGUUCACCAUCUUCAGACGCGCGGACACGGAUUCCCAGUUUCCAACAAGAACAGCCUUCUCGUUCAUCGACCCCCCCAAGACCCAUCAACCGACCCUGGUGUCCACCCGUCGACUCAUCGUCCAAAGUCGACUCACACCGGCUGCUUUGCUCCGCGACCCCCUAGUCAGAAUCCACACAAACUUUGGGGCCUGGUCAACCACCUCGAGGGAAAACCAACAUAUAGGUACUCGCACCAGAUUUUACCAGCCUUCGAGUUUUUUCUCUUCUUCCUCACUUGCACCACCUUUUCGCGUCAUCGCAGAGCCUGCACACUGCAGCAAACGAAGCUUAUCCACUUUUACUGUCCCAAAUUGAGUCGCCAGACUCAAUUCAGACUUGCCCCAGCCACCCGUUCGAGGCCAACCACGCUAUGAUAUUCAGCCAGUCCAACAUCUUCCGGACACACCUUUUCUCUCGCCAACACAUUACACGACCAGAACAGUCAGACAUAGACCCAGAUCGGGGGGAAGAUUGUUGCGGACAGGGGCAGGAGUGAGGAGAGAGAAGAGUUUGAACGCCCCGAGUCGGAAGCAGAGCCUCGACCAUCAGGAUCAAAAUGAGUUACCACUACGGCGUUCCGCCGUCCCACUACACCAAAUACUACGGCACCUCGUCGCCGUACAGCAGUGGCGAGUACGUCCACUACGCUCCCCAGUACGAAUCAACACCGAAGAAACACGCGCGGAAGACCAGCUACACGCCCUCCCCUCGAGUCGGCGGUUGGUAUUCGCCUGCGGGCUCACCACCACCCCACCAUGAGCCCAACGUCCAGUAUUCUGCACCGCGGGAUGAUGUCUAUGUGAGUGAGGCAAGGGGCAAGACCCGCAACUAUGAGAGCUACAGCACCUUUCCUAGCUCGAGAUAUCAUACCCGUUCAUCAUCGCGCAAGCAGAAUCAGCCCAUCUACGUCUACGACGAUGAAGCUGAAAAUGCACGAAUGCAGCCAAACUACGUCUACCGAGAACCAAAGUCCAAGCUGAAGCAUGCGAGGAAGCCAAGCACUGACACCUACUUUUACUAUGGGCAGGAGCAGAUCAUUGACGAACAGCCAAAGCGGUCGAGGGCGCGACGAGCCUCGACCACCUCGAAACCCACCCCCAAGUCCAAGCCCAAGCCAGCACCGCAGGCAACCGAGGAGGACGCCAUCCGCGCCGGCAUCCCCGCCGGCUACUCCAUCAAACACUGGGAUCCUACCGAGCUGCCCAUCAUCUUGCUGGGCAGUGUCUUCGAUGCCAACUCGCUUGGCAAAUGGAUCUACGAUUGGACCGUCUUCCACCACGGUGCCUCCACUCCCAUCGCCGAUAUCGCCGGCGAACUCUGGCUCCUCCUCAUCAAGCUGGCGGGAAAGAUGAAGCGGGCCGAAGAAUGUGUGGACCGCAUCCGCAACCCCGAGAAACAGGAGACGGUCGAGGACUUCAUCAUCAGUGGCAAACGCCUCUGGGAGAAGUUCAAGGCGCUUCUCAAGGAUUGCGAACACUUCAUGCUCAAGGCCGCCAAACGUGACGGCUCCAAAACGAUGGGUAAGAAGGCAGGCACCGAGUUUGUCGACUCCAUCUUCGGCCGCGAUCGCCACCUCGAGGCAACCGAGAAGAUCAUGAACCAGAUCCGUCUCUGGAACAUGCGCUUCGAUGUCAACUGUGAGGAGACGUUGCGCCGACCCUCGGUUGCCUAGACUUUGACUCGGGCAAUCCGAGGACAUUCAUCAACGGCAAGCUGGGAAUCAAGGAAUCUCGACGGUGGCAAAAGUUUGAUGCAAACUCCGCCACACUCUACUCACAUCGCCACACACACAAACAACCAAUCAACCGACCAUCAACUCGACUCACCAUCUCUACUACUACUUCCAUCUCCAAGUCAUGGCCUCUGCGAGGUCAUUGGCGCUAAUGGGUUAGGCAACCUGUAACAACAUUCAUCCUGGAGCGUUGCAUUGGAGGCUUUCACUAUGAGUCAUUCAUUUUCUUACGGCCCAGCUAGGGCACAAAUGUACACUCGUUGGAGUUUUCUUUCAAGGGACACCAAAAGUUCUAUCAUGAAGCCAUGAUGGACGAACACAUGACCACAGAAUGACUCUGAUCCCUGUAUCAACAUGUUACGGACGAGGCAGUCAAGGUUCUGUUGGCGUACUUCCUGUUUUAUCGGCACAGAGAUACCCCCUCAUGUACGGCUCAUCAGCUUUGGUAUUGGUCUACUAUUCAACAUAUUGCGGCUUAUCGGGAGUUAUGGGAAUAUCCGGGGACCGAUCAUUUGGCUUUUCAAUAUUUUGCAGAGAAGCCACGUGGUCCCCAGGAUCAACAUUGCUGGAGGGAGUUUACCGGAAUUGGAGUUUUGGAAUCAUGGGCAUUUUCAUCAUCACAAUGGAGGAUAUACUUCAAGGACUCACGGGACCUUGGAAGAUUAUGGACUCAGCGGAUACAUGGGAGUUUCUUUUAAUCACAGGCUUCUGUACUAAUAUCAUUUGAUUUGCGGGCUUUUGAUA